UUUUAUUUGUGUUUUUUGUUAACAUGUACACUCUGAUUGUUAGAUAAAUUGAUUGCAUUCUGUAUAACUACAUUUAAAUUACAUGUGUUUUUUCUCUCUCUUAAAGACAAAAUUUUAUGCCGGUGCAGGCUGCCAUGUAGGACAACAGGACACUUUCACUGCCCUGUCUGUAACAGGACAAUCAUACGGCGUGGGGAUAUGGCAAGGCAUUUAUUGUCAUGUCAGCAUUCUUCAAUGCCAAGUCAGCCACCACUGUCAGGACUGCUCCCCGCUGCACUCUCCGAGGAGCCCCGUCUCCCUCCCACUGCACUCUCCGAGGAGCUCAGUCUCCUUCCCGAUGUCCUAUGUCCAGUGUCUAAACAGUCUUCUGAAUGUUUGGUAGAACAUUCAUAUGCUCUACCCUCUGUGCUGAAUGAAACUGUGGCUUAUGGGAAGUCAAUAAAAAUGAAAUGCCCUCACUGUGGUCUUAGUCUUCUUAAAAAAAACUUCAAGGCUCACAUGAUGAGGAGUCAUUCAAACAGAUCAUUAGAUGUUUACCUGGCCUGUCAUCUUCAGUGUGUUUGUGUAGACGAGACUACUGGCUUAUUUGCUGUGCAGAGAACUGGCCAUGGGUUUUCUGUGCCAGUUCACGUUCAGAGGAAAACAUGGGGGAGAUCUCACAAUGUCAGAUGUGAGCUGGAGGAAUGUCAGCAAUAUCAGUUGUUGGCUCAGCGGAGCGGACUAGGCUUCAGUUUAUGUGAGCACAUUCGCUCACUAGAUUACUGUAGAGAAACUGUGAAAGAGGUAUUUCUUCAAGAAGCUAUCUUGAUGGAAAUGGUGGUCCUGAAAUUCUUUGGAGAGGCCAAGGCUGCGGCAUGCAUAAGGAGACAGAAAGCUGCCCAGAUGACACAUGUUCCACUUUGUGUGAGGGUAGAUUUUGGUGGAUCCUCCUCACAGAUAUGUUUCUCUGUAUUUGAGCCUGAAAUACACAGUUUCUGCCAUCUUGGCAGAAUAUUUGUGACUUACAAUGCUCAGAGGAAUACCUGGCAUUGUGCUUGUGCAAAACCACGAAUAUCAUGCCCUCAUAAAAGCAUUGCUAAAUGGCAUCUCUUUCAGACACAGAGAGACCUCUUCCAGUCAAAUGUGCCACUAUCAUCAGGCCCCCAUCACUGA